AUGGAUGCUACAGAAUAUGAAGAAACAUAUGUUGAAGGAAUUGAGGAGAUAGAAGAUGAUGUAGACAGGAGUUUCAAGAGAUUCAAAAGCUUCAGGGUGCUUCAAUAUCCUCCUCAUGACCAUCAGUUUAGGCACAAACAAAGACUUUGUAGCUGGAUCCUUUCAGCCACCAGAUUUGGCGAGCAUGCAAAUCCCAGGAGCAGCUUUUCUAAAAAGAUAAAAAAGGACUGGGAAACAUUGGCGGCUGUUUUUUCAGAUCAUAGUUCGAUUUUUGUUACAACUUACGAGUCGAGAAUUGAUCUCAUGAGGGUUUGCAUUGCUGGUUUAGAAGGAACUCCAUACUGUUAUGGAUUGUUCUUUUUUGACAUAUUCUUCCCUCCUGAGUACCCAGCUAAGCCUCCUGAAAUCUUUUACCAUGCUCCUGACUUUGAUUUAAGCCCUAGUUUGCAUCAAGAUGGAAGUGUUUCUCUCAACCUCUUGAAUCUUAAUCAAUGGUAUAAGUUUCGGUUCGGAGGAAAACAACAAUCAUGGAACCCGGAACAAUCUGAUGUAUCAAGGGUUCUUCUCUCCAUCCAACGUUUGAUUCUGAAUGAUAAGCCUUAUCUGAACGAGUCUAUUAGUUUUGUGUGCUCUUCUAAAGAGAGAUCCUCAAAAUAUAACAAUGAGGUAUUCAUGUCAUCCUGUGAGGCCAUGCUUGUCAUGCUCAGGUUUUCUCCAGGUGAUUACCGUUAUUUUGUGCUGGGGCAUUUUCGAAAGAGAGCUCACCGGAUUCUCUUGAUUUAUAAAGAUCAAAUGCUGAAACAUAAAGGCGAUAAUGGUAUGAAGCAGUUGUUCUUCAAGCUUGUGAAAGCUUUUGAAAGCAAUGGAGCUUAUUGCCAGCAUCAUUGUAGCAAAGCAGAAGUUGAGCAAUUGAACAGAGAGAUUGAAGACGGGGGAUUUUCCAUGGAAGAAUAUUCCGAAUGA